AUGUAUUUCUUAGCUCGUUUUUCUAAGAAUCAUUCUCUUUAUACUUUAAUUCCUUUUUGUAUCACUUUUUUUUGUCUUUCUCUCUUUCUCUCUCUCUCUCUCAAAAUCAUUUUUCUUUUUAAAAUUCCUUUUGUUUUUUUUUUAUUCCAAAAAAUAUUUCCCACGUCUCUGCUUAAAUUCCUUCCCUAUCACUGUUUUUGUUCUUUAUUUGUUUGUUUAUUUCUUUCAUUCUUUUUCUUUCUGUCUGUCUUUUUUCUUCCUUUUCUAUUCCAUUUUCCUUUAUUUUAUUUGAUUGAAUUUGAAUAUCACAUUCGUUAUUUUUUUCUUUUUUCUAUCGUUUUUCCUUUUUCGUUCUUUCUUUAUCUGCUUCUUUCUUUUUCUCUUUCUUCUUUCUUUCUUCAUUGUUCCAUUUUCUAUACCGCUCUUUUUCUCACGUUUCUGCUUUCAAAGAAAAAAGCAUAA